UUAGGGAGCUGUCCAUCAUGGCGCGGUUGCCGUUGAUCGAGGGAGUUCCAGCCGAAAACGUCUCGAAGCGUAGCAGAGUAGAAGAAACCGGCGACUCCACCACCGGAAACACCGAAACGAGAAUCGAGCUACCUGCAGAUCUCUUCUGCCCAAUCAUGGAGUGGCUGCCGUUGGUCGACGUUUUUAGGGCAGAAGUCGUCUCUCACGCUUGGAAUUAUAUUCUUCGGCAAGCUCUGUCCUCUCUUCUAAGAAUUCCAAACCGGAAUGAUUGCUUGGAGAUUAUAUGCAAUGGAAAUAAGCUCUAUGUUCUAGGAGCUUGUGGUGAGAUUCGUACUUGGGAUUUAGAGAGUGGUUGUCCAGAAAGAGCACCAGAAUUUAUUAUCCUUUGCCUAGGGGCACGCUUCAGAGACCAAAUUUAAAUCACCUUAGAGAUUAUCUGGUUCAAUCAGAUGGGGAGAUUUUGCUUGUUGCAAGGUUUUUGCCUGAAGACUAUAACCGUGAUAUAACAGAGGAGAUAUUUGACGUAUAUAAGCUGAAAUUGGAAGGGAAAAAAUGGGUAGAAGUGGAAACACUUGGGGAUGAUCGUUCACUGUUUUUAGGUCAAAAUCAUUCCGUAUCAGUAUCAACAAGAGAUUUGAGUACAUGCAUGCACAACUCUAUUUACUUCACCCAUGAUAUUAGAAUUUUUGGGUUGUAUGAACCUUGUAAAAUGGGCAUCUACAGCUUGAAGGAUAGAAAAGUUUCACCUAUUUUCGAGUUUCCUUCGGAGACACUCUCCAGUUUAGCCCAGUACCCCAUUGGCUCAUUCCAAGCUUCUGCUGAUUCAUGGAGAAGUAGCAGCGUUGGUUUUCAUAAAUCUAAUAUAUGCUAUCUUUCUUUUUCCUUCUUUUUCUUUUUUUCUUUUUUCUUUCCCUUUUAUGGAUAUUGAAACUGUGUAUUGUUCUGUUCAGGUGUUCUAUUUAUGCAAUGACCAAGAAAGUUCAGUGCUUUAU